CCCAGGUCGGACCCGGCUCACGGUCCCGCGGAGCGCGCCCGGCCGUGAAGUAAGGGUGCCCUUCCUAAGCGGGGCAAUUUCAAGAGGGAUGCUCCAACAAGACUGAAAGAUGGAGGCAGCCGGGAAGAGGCGGGUAGCCCCACACCCCACACCAGGAGGACGGUGUACACGCCGGGGCGUGGGUGUAGGAUGUGGGCUCUGUUAAGUACUGUUUUCGUAUAACCCAGGUUAAUGAGCAUCUCAUUGCUUUAUUACAUGGUGAUAAACUGUGGGAGAUGGUCCAGUGCGGUGGUGACUCCGCAGACAAGCUGCCUGGGGUUGCUGCGUGACCUUGAGCAAGUCGCCUGACCUCUUUUGGCCCUAGUUUCCUCAUUUGUAAAGUAGGGAUAAUAAUACCUUUCUGGAUGUAGAGGGCAGGAACUCGUCACAGACUGGCAUGUGGUGAGCUCCCCGUGAGUGUGGGCGUUAUUAACGUAACGUUCGACACACUGACGUUGGCCUCUGUUGUCAGACGGGAGCCCCCAAGGACAGGCCUCUCCUCCGUCUCUCUCGGGUGGAGGGAGGAUUCCCGUGAGAGCAGUCGGGGUGGAUUUGAUGGGCGAUCUGGGCGCUCUCCUUUCCUCUUAGGGGAUGACAGUGAUCUCUUCUUCUCUGCUGAGGAACCGAGGCCAGCGACUUUUUUUCUCACCAUGAGUGGCACCCCGGAGGUCAAGAGUCGUGGGAUGAAGUUUGCCGAGGAGCAGCUGCUAAAGCAUGGAUGGACUCGAGGCAAAGGCCUAGGCCGGAAGGAGAAUGGCAUCACCCAGGCCCUCAGGGUGACGCUGAAGCAGGACACCCAUGGGGUGGGACACGACCCCGCCAGGGAGUUCACACACCACUGGUGGAGUGAGCUCUUCAACCGGACGGCAGCCAGCUUGGUGGUGGAAACCGGGCAGGACGGAGUACAGCUGAGGCGCCUUCCUAAGGAGACCACCCAUCGAAGUCAUCCCCAGCCCAACAUGCUGUAUCAGAAGUUUGUGAAGAAGGCCACACUGACUUCCGGUGGGGAGAAGCCGGACGAGCACUUGGAAAGCUGCAGUGAUGACGGCCAGGGGUCCUGCCCGCCACAGACUCUGACUGACGAGAUGCUGCUCCAAGCCUGCGAGGGCCGGACAGCGCACAGGGCUGCCCGUCUGGGUAUCACGAUGAAGGCCAAGCUGGCCCGGCUGGAGGCCCAGGAGCAGGCCUUCCUGGCUCAGCUCAGAGGCCAGGACCCUGAGAUCCCUCGGCUGCCACCUGAGCACGAGCCCCUCACACAAAAACAGAAGCGGAAGCAGAAAGAGGAGGAAGAGGCGACAGCAGCUGGACGGGGUGCAGACACGGAGCCCGCAGAGCGAGCUGGUCAGGGGGGCAGGAGACGCAAGAAAAGCAAGAAGAGACGUCAGGAGGUGGCCGCAGAUGAGAGGGCGGGGACAGCGGUAGGGAGCGGGGAGGAGGAGGCUGCGGGGACAGGGCGGCUUGGGGACCAGUUCCCCAGGAAAAGGAAGAAGCGGCGGAGGCAGCAGGAGGAUCAGGAGUUGGGGGCCUUAGGGGGAGGGGAGGCGGUGGAGGGGCCUGCGGAGGGGCGAGACUUGAACCCAGAGGAUGAAGUCGAGGCCGUUGUGGGUGGGGGGACCAGAGAAGCAGAGAGCAGAGCACGCAGAGGUAGGAAGGGCAGGAGCGAGAAAAGGCAGCGUCAGGAGGAGAGGGGUGUGUCGCGUGUAAAGGAUGAAGAGGACGGCGGGGCCAGGGGUGCAGAGGGCAGGGGCGAGAGGCGGAGGCGGAAGCAGGCGGAGGGGGAGAGAGCGGAGGUCAGCACUGUCCAGAGGGCAAAGAAGCAGCGGAGGAGACUGGAAGUCAGGUCCGGUCUGGGGCCUGAGCAAGUCUUUCUGGGUGUUGAAGCCUCAGACCUGAGCUGACCCUGUCCCCCGCGCUCUGAGACACCAGUCUGCCUCAGAGUGGAAGCACUGUGCCUUAGUUCAGGGGGCGGGCAUUGUCCCCCAGAGAUGGUGGACUCAAGUGCCUAUAGGAGCCAGGUGGCCAAGGGACGGCGUGCCAGGGCAGUGGGAACGGGGAUGCAGACUCCCUCUGUGGGGCAGCCUUGCUCAGAGCAGCGGGAAACAGGCCUGGGUGCAACACGCUGGUUUCGUGGCGUGAAGGCCGCGGGAGCAGGGUUCGGCCUGCGCUGAGUCACACUGUGCCACGUGGUGGAAUAAACACAGCUUGGGCCCUUA